CCGCUUCCUGCACUUAUUCGGAAGAAAAAACGUAACAUGGCUUACGGCCUUGACGACGACUCAGACUCUGAUGUUGAAGCUCCUCGCAACAGAUCUGUCUCCUCCAGCCAGGCUCCAAAAGAAUCCGUCGAUCCUGCGGAAGAAUGCCAAAAGCGUCGCUCCUGCCGCAAUACCGGAGGCCAGAAGAAAUAUAUAAUAGACACCGAUCUGGGGCUUUCAGAAGAUAAUUCUGACGAACAAAUUGGUGAUGAAUCUCUUAUGGAAACUACAGAUAUGCUUGACGAAGGAGAAGUCAAGGUUGUACAAAAAAUUCUUGGCCGCCGCAUGCUGAAGCGUAUUGUCAAGCGGAAAAAGUCUUCCCUUUCUUCUUUAGGUGACAAAAAAACUGACAGCGAGACUUUCAAAUUAUCUUUGGAUUUCUGUCAAGAUGACGAUCAUAAUUCGAGUCAUCAGGAUGGUGGAAAAACUGGGGCCUCCACCGGUAUUCCUCACUUAACUCCCACUUUAGGAUCCGACAAACUCCAUGAAGCCAAAGGCACUGAUGAUCUAGCGACAGAAGUGGGAGAAAAAUCAGCGGAUCAUGAAGAAAUAGAGGAGGAAAUAGAAGAGUUCUACUUAAAAUAUAAAGGAUAG